UCUCUCCCUUACUUCUGCGUCUUCCACUUCUCCACCACUCGCUGAGCUGAGCCUCAUGAGACACUGAGACUCGCAACUCUCUCUCCCUCUCUCUCUCUCUCUCUCUCUCUCUCUCUCUCUCUCUCUCUCUCUCUCUCUCUCAUCCCAAUUAUCUCUCUCUUUCUUUUUCUCUCUAUCUCUCGUCGAUGGCGAAAAUCCUAAUCUCGUCGUCGCCGCCGUUCGUCGGCGCGCCCCUGCGGUCCCUCUUCCGCCACGGGCCUUACCUCCCGAACCGCAAGCUCCUAACUUCCAGGGUCAGAGUCAGCCUCCACGAGAUUCCUCCCAUUCAUUCCCUCGACUCCGCUAUUGAUUUCAACGCUAUUGCUAGCCGCGCCGAAAGCCUGCUCUACACUCUCGCCGACGCCGCCGUCUCGGCUGACGUGGCCUCCGGUGGCUCCACAGACGCCGCCACUGCCGCCGCCCAGAAAAACGGUGGCUGGUUUGGUUUCAUAUCGGAAGCCAUGGAAUUCGUCCUCAAGAUUUUGAAGGAUGGACUUUCGGCUGUACACGUGCCAUAUGCUUACGGAUUUGCGAUUAUAUUGCUCACUGUUAUUGUUAAAGUCGCCACACUUCCUCUAACAAAGAAACAGGUGGAAUCGACGUUGGCAAUGCAAAACCUCCAACCAAAAAUUAAAGCCAUUCAAGAAAGAUACAAAGGCAAUCAAGAAAGAAUACAACUUGAAACAUCACGGCUGUAUAGGCAAGCUGGGGUUAACCCAUUAGCAGGUUGCUUGCCAACUUUGGCGACAAUACCAGUCUGGAUUGGUCUAUAUCAAGCUCUUUCAAAUGUGGCCAAUGAGGGACUGUUGACAGAAGGUUUCUUUUGGAUCCCCUCCUUGGGUGGCCCAACAACAAUAGCUGCUAGACAAAGUGGAUCCGGCAUUUCUUGGCUGCUUCCGUUUGUGGAUGGGCAUCCACCACUUGGUUGGAAUGACACUGCCGCAUACCUUGUUUUACCAGUCCUCCUUGUUAUUUCUCAGUACGUUUCAAUGGAGAUCAUGAAGCCUCCCCAGACUGAUGAUCCAUCUCAAAAGAACACUCUUCUUGUAUUCAAGUUUCUUCCACUCAUGAUUGGUUACUUCUCCUUGUCUGUACCCUCAGGAUUAUCGAUAUACUGGUUCACAAACAACGUCCUCAGCACUGCACAACAGGUAUGGCUGCGCAAAUUAGGAGGUGCAAAGCCUGCUGUCAGUGAUAAUGCAAAUGGAAUCAUAACAGCAGGACGUGCAAAACGGUCAGGUUCUCAGCCAGAGCGCGGUGAAAGAUUUAGGCAGCUAAAAGAAGAAGAGAAGAACAAAAAGGCAGCCAAGGCUUUACCAGCGGAAGAGGUUCAAGCCUCAGCUUCUGAUUAUGAUUCUGAAGAUGGUUCAGAUGAAGAGGACAACAACAAGGGUGGGCAGGUCCGAGAAGAGGCCUAUGCUUCUAAUGUUAGAAAAGAUGCUCCUGAUUUUUCUCGGCCAAGGAGAAGCAAGCGAUCCAAACGGAAGCGUGCUGUAUAAAAGGAAGAGUGAUGUAUAAAAGGAAGAUUGUAUCCUGAUGUUUGUAGUUUACGGUGAGUCCUGUAUAUCUCAGAAAACAAAAUUUCUUAUAUGUAGAGGCCAGUUUUGUGUUGGCUCAUUCAUUUUGAGAUAUAACGCUAAUCAUGCAAAUUAAUAAUUUAUAUCACUUGCAAAUUCCACUAUAUAUUUGAAGUAUCUCGUGACAGUUCUCUA